GUCCAUAUUCCAGGCUUACAUGGCCAAUAUUGUGAGCUUUUGUGGCAGCGACAUACAAAUUGACUCAUGAAGGCUCGAGUCUCUAGAAAUGACCCGAGUCAUCCAAGUCAUCGCCAAGUUACCUUAAAGUGCUAAAGCUUGCGUAGUGUCACUUGGUUGACUCUUUGGGUGCUUGAGUGCCAAAGGCUGCCGAAGGCUGCGAAAGGCUUGACGCUUGGCCACUCACGGAUUACUCGGACCAAUCAGGCCUUUCCAAUGAGUGCCACCAUCCCCCAAUACGGUUGGUCCCGCCAGGCGUCGGAGGCAUUUCCCGAUCCCCGCGACCAAAACCUCCGCCCCUCGUUCUCGCAAAUCAUCCACUUGAUUCCCUUGGGACUGCGCUACGCUCUGCACUUCUUAGGCAAACUUUGGCAGGGUCGAAAACCGCCCAUUGAUCAGAUUCGCAUGUUAACCGGCCAAGCGAUUUAUGGCGUACCUUGCGGAGGGAUCGGGGCGGGCUCCAUUGGUCGGGGCUUUCGGGGCGAGUUUUGUCGUUUCCAACUGAAUCCGGGCAUGUAUUCCUACGACACGGUUUGGGCCAAUGCCUUCCAUGUCCGGAUUCGACAAGAUGGGCUUCUGAUUUUUCAAAGCGUUCUAGGCAGCCGCACUUCAGAUCAACGGGGUGAUCAAGCCGGCAGACAUUGGGAUUAUGCCAUCCCGGAUAAGGAUAUUCAGUACCAUGCCCUAUAUCCUCAAUCCUGGACCACUAUUGAUCUGCCACAAUUUCAGCUGAAACUCAUCGGACGUCAAAUCUCGCCAUUUAUUCCGCAGAACUAUCGGGAUAGCUGUUGGCCCGUUACGCAUUUUGAGUGGACAGUGGAGAAUCAAGGCUCAUCCAAUCAAUAUGAAGUGAGUGUGGCCAUGACCUGGAAAAAUGGGUGGGGCUCCCAUCAGGAUGCUCAUAUGGGGGCCACUAUCAAGGCUUGUCCCGCUAGUUCAGAGUAUUUGGGGCUGGAAAUGAAUCAGACUUUCCGGGAUCUGAGAUUGACUUAUGGUGUGGCGGUCAAGAAAUCGCAGCACGUCCAAGUUCAAGCCAUGAGUCCUUUCGAUCCUGUUCGCGAUGAUCGUUCAUUUUGGCAGGAGCUUCAAGAUGACAGGGCUGGAUCCGCCCAUUCAAAAUCCUCGGCCACUAGUGCUCAGAUUUGUAUGGCUUUGAAGGGCUCCAUGGAUUGCCCUCCGGAUAGCCAAAGAUCCAUGGAGUUUGCUCUGUGCUGGGACAUGCCUGAUAUUCAAUUUGGGGCCCGAGCUCGAACCUGGACUCGUCGUUAUGCCGCCAUGUUUAUGAGCACUCAAGCAAACUCGGCUUGCCCGGCGCUUCUGGAACACACCUUUAACCGGGUGUCAAUCUGGCGACAAUCCAUUGAACAAUGGCAAAGGGAGGUCUUGGAGGAUGCCGGUUUGCCGGAUUGGUUCAAGAGUGCUCUCUUUAACGAACUCUACUACUUGGCUGAUGGUGGAACUCAAUGGUUGGAUAUGUCCAAAAGCGACUUGCCCGAUGAUGACAUUCGUCGUGAAUAUGGCCGUUUCGGGUAUCUCGAGUCCCACGAAUAUCGUCUUUACAACACCUACGAUGUGCACUUCUACGCUUCAACCGCUCUCUUGAACCUAUUUCCCGGUCUGCAAUUGUCUUUGCAAGCCGAUUAUUGUGAUGCCACCCAAACGGAAGACCCAACGCUGGUUUGGGAGUUGUAUGGCGGCAAUUGGGUUCCUUUGAACAAGGCCCUUUCUGUUCCUCAUGAUCUGGGUGACCCCGAGGAUGAUCCUUGGAUCAAGGUGAAUGCUUAUCGUAUCCAUGAUGUGUCCGAAUGGCGCGACCUCAAUCUCAAAUUUGUCAUUUCACUCUGGCGUGAUAUAUAUUGGGCAACUCAGGUUCAGUCAGAUGAGAGGAUUAAAAAUGCGGCCGAAAGUCUGGCUCAAAAGGCUUGGCCAAUUUGUCAGAAAGUGAUGGAAAAGUCUGUUGAGUGGGACAAAGACGGAGAUGGGUUGAUUGAGAAUAGCGGCAAGCCUGACCAAACUUAUGACACAUGGGUCAUGACUGGACCUAGUGCAUAUUGUGGCGGUCUUUGGAUAACGGCUGUCUCGGCUAUGAUACAAUUUUGCCAGAAGUUCCAACACCAACAUGACACUUGGUCAGCCAUUCUGGGCAAGGCUCAAAAAGCCUUCGAACAGAAGCUGUGGCAUUCAGGACCUACAGAUGCCUUGUUUAAAUUUGAUGCUCAGUCCGGUCCCAAUCUGGUUAUGAGUGAUCAACUCUGCGGUUAUUGGUACGCCUUAUUUAUGGGGCCGGAGGUUCUGAAGUCAAGUAUAAAAGAUGAACAAGUCCAAAUUGCUUUAGAAACGAUUUUCAGGCAUAACGUCGAGAAAUAUGGGGCUGGCAAGAAAGGUGCCGUCAAUGGAAUGCUCAUCAAAGAAGGCCAUCGUGAUGUGUCCACCGUUCAAAGCGAAGAAUGUUGGACCGGAUCCUCUUAUGCACUCGCCUCAAUCAUGUUGGCCAAGGGCAAUGUCGAGCAAGGUUUUAUCACCGCCGAGGGAAUUUACAAAACCGUUUACGAACAAAUCGGUCAAGGAUUCGAAACUCCUGAAGCAUUGUACAACGAGAAGCAUUACCGAGCCAUUGGCUAUAUGAGACCCCUGAGUAUUUGGUCCAUGUUUGAAGCGUGGAAAAUGAGGAACUCUCGCCUUGAAUCAAGCUGAAACAACUAGAUUCAACUACGCAUCAUCAACUUGUCUCCUCCUAUUUUUACUACUACCCUCGGUUUUAAGGUUCAGAACAUGGUAUUUUAUUAAUAAAUUUUACCGCUAGUG